GUCACGAUCCGUGGCCAAUUGCCCCGUGCUAUGCGCCACUGCGGAGGAAGACGAAGAAGAAGAAGAAGAAGGAUACCAGUGCUCGUGCUACACUUCGAUAUCCGCGUUGCAACCGUCGCGAUGCUUGCCGCGUUCCUCGCCUUCACAGCCGCAGCCUCUGUCCUCUCCCCUGCUCAUUCAGCUUCCAUGGCAUUGACGGACUUGCUACCAGACCUCCGGGUUCGUGCGGUACACCCUUCCAAUCACACCGGAGACCUCAGUGAAUCGAAGAAUGACGCGCCAACUUCAACGUUCGACUUCGAUGUCCGAUCUCGACAUUUCUACGCGGUCCUUCUGGUUGCGGAAGAGAAAGACGUCCAGUGGUUCGUCGUGAACGCCCACGACGAGAAGCUUGCCAACCACGACGUCGUCAUCGGAUACUCGCCUCUUGCUGGUCGUCGGCAAUAUGUCAUCGUUGUCUUCGAUCAAGGUCGUGUGAGAUUCAGCAACCACACGGUUGCGAAACUGUCCCGCAUUUUGCAAAGAGGGAACAGGACAUGGGAGAUGGUCCGUACUGGCUUCGGGACUCGUGAGCCUCUUGUGAUGAGAAAGUUUUCCGCCGAGUCCAAUGCUGCUGUACAGGAAGAUGUGGAGCCAGAGAAAAGGAGCGCAGAUAACGAUGACGGUUGCGGCUCUUCCUGCCCACGAGCUGAAGUACAACCAGGAGGUUCUUCCGGAGUCGACAAUAGAACCAUAGUUCCCGGAUCCUUAGUUGACAACCUAACCAGGGCAGGCAUCCUGCCUCACUUCUUGGAUAGUCCUCCAACGGGCGAAAUCGACGUCGAUUACGGUUACGGGCGCGUCAUUCGCAUGGGUAACUACUUCGUCGCCCAGUACCUCUGGCUGGAACCGUUGAAUGUCACCUUCGACAUGGAAGACGGGAAGCUAUACGCUCUGGUGCUUACAGACAUCACAAUCACGUACUGGCAGUACUGGCUAGUAGUGAACAUCGUCACGAAAGACGUGUAUUCGGGUGACGAACUCAUCAUGUACAGCGGACCGUUUCCAACGACGGGUACCAAUCAUACUUUGGUGUUUCUAGCAUAUUCGCAGGGUACCACUGAGGUUGACGUCAAGAAACUUCAGAAGGAAGGCGAAGGUGAUCUCUCGACGAAAGAUCCUAGGGUGUUUGCUCGGGAAAAUAAGAUGGGCGAUCCGAUCGCGAUGAAUUAUUUUAUCACGGAUGCUGAGCUGAAGGAAAAAAAGGCGAAAACGAUACACGAUAGCGAGGAAGAGCGGAGGAGGGAAAGAAAGGAGGCCAUUGCAAGGAGGAGGAAGACCAAGGAGUUUCAGGUUGAGCCCUCAAGCGAUGCCAACGCUGGGCAGGAAGCCGCCAAAACUAGCGGCGUUCGGAAACCUGGGAUAGAGUGUCUUGUUCUGGUGACUUGUCUCGUAAAGAGCGUUUUUAGGCAAGUUUUUAGCAUUAGGUAAAUUCAAUAAAUACUAACUGAUCGAUCUUUC